AUGGCACAAGAAGGUGAGAGCGCAGUGAUGGAAACUAAUGAUCCUAGUACCGAUAAACAGGCGGUCGGAUUUUCAACAUUCAAAAAAUCCAAUGCUUCCAGCCAAGAAGUACAAUCAACAAAGGACUUGAGCCCGAAAUCUAAAGUGAGAAGGACUUCGCUCAGCUUAUCGUCCGGCAGUGCCAUUCUUGCGUCAUUGAGCAGGAAAGGGAGGCACGCAGAACCAUUGAUGCACACAGAACUCAAUUCCGAACGAGCAAGUAUUUCCAUGCCACCACCUCCUACAAGAACACUAUCAAAGUCUAGAACAUCUUCUACGUACAGCCAAAGAUCGCCGGCUGCAUUGGCAGUUUUGCAAGAAAGCUUAAAUUUAGAAGGGGCAGGAACUAGUUAUCAAGAUUUUGCUGUUGAGGAAUCUGAACCCCUAAAGACGAAGCAUCUACCAAUGCCAGAGGACAAAAACCUCAAAACAAAUUCAACAAUGGCAGACGAUAACAAGAGUGUGCCUGCACCACUUCCCGAGCCUACUCUUCGACCCCGAGCAUCGGUUACGGAGAUGGAUGGAAAACGAAUGUCAGUAUCCUCAAUGUACUCUUUAGCAUCAGCCAGAGCAGGUGGUGUAAUAAGUUCUGCAGCAUCUGCAACUGGUUCUGAGAAUGGAGGAAGUACAAGAAUAACUACAGCACCAGUCUCAGCAUCGGUCUCGUCAGUGAAGGGGCUUGGUGUAUCUCCGCCAGAGACUUCGAAUAUAUCUGUUACAACUACUUCUGGUGGACCAAACGCACCAAAUGGGCAUCAACUUACAGCGAGAGAACCACCAGCUCAAGCUGCAGAGAUAGCAAAACGAAAUUCUGUUGCCAGAGGCGAGGCUCAACCACGGCCUCAGCCCCCACAAAGAUCCAGGAGUCGAGCCAAGAGACGUUUCAGUGGUAGCACCGGCGCCAGCAGCCACAGCCCCAGCAGUGAGAGAGGCCUACAUCUGAAAAAAGAAGAUGAGAAUAGACCAGCACCUUGGGGCGUUAUAGGAGUAUGUGCCCUUGACAUAAAAGCAAGAAGCAAACCUAGUCGAAACAUCCUCAAUCGCUUGAUUUCAAAAGGCGAAUUUGAGGUUGUCAUCUUUGGGGAUAAAGUUAUUUUGGAUGAGGAGGUCGAGAAUUGGCCAAUCUGUGAUUUCCUGAUUUCCUUUUACUCAGAUGGGUUUCCACUCGACAAAGCCAUUGCAUAUGUGCAGGCACGAAAACCAUUCUGUGUCAAUGAUGUUCCUAUGCAGAAAAUCUUAUGGGAUCGCAGGAUCUGUUUACGAAUUCUCGACAAAAUAAAUGUGCCCACGCCCAAGCGUAUAGAAGUGAAUCGUGAUGGAGGUCCAGCUGUCUUCACACCGGAGAUGGCAAAACAUCUGAAGGACACCACUGGUCUUGUCCUAGAAGGGCCCGAAGAUGGAACUGGUGGCCAGAUGGUGGCUCCCAAGACGGUUGAACUUAUCGACAACGGAGACACUUUAAGUGUUGAUGGUGUACUAUUGUCCAAGCCAUUUGUGGAAAAACCAGUCAGUGGUGAAGAUCACAAUGUCUGCAUAUACUAUCCCCAAAGUCAAGGCGGAGGAGGUCGAAAGCUCUUCCGGAAGAUUGGCAACAAGAGUUCUGAACAUGUAGAAGAUCUUACAAUCCCUCGAGCCAUAUCCGAACCAGGAAGCAGUUAUCUAUAUGAAAAGUUUAUGCGUGUCGAUAACGCUGAAGAUGUGAAAGCAUACACUGUUGGACCAACCUUUUGCCACGCCGAAACUCGCAAAUCCCCUGUUGUUGAUGGCUUGGUCAGACGUAAUACUCAUGGCAAGGAAAUUCGCUACAUCACAGCUCUGACAAAAGAAGAAUCUGCUAUGGCCACUCGAAUUGCUAACAGUUUCGGCCAGAGAGUAUGCGGUUUCGACCUUUUGCGUGCGCAAGGGAAAAGCUAUGUCAUUGAUGUCAAUGGAUGGAGUUUUGUAAAAGACAAUGAGGAGUAUUAUGAGCAAUGUGCACGUAUACUUAAAGAUAUGUUCGUUCGCGAAAAGCAAAAGUAUACUGGACAAUCACAACCCGUUAGUGGUGUAACAUCCCCUACCGACGGAACAAUGAGCCCUACUACUAUAAGAAAAGAGCCAGUACUCAAAGACAAUCAUCGGUCAGCCUUACAAAACAUUCUUUCCAAAUCUCCUAGCAUGUCAAACAUGCUUCACGGACAUCUGCCUAAUCAUGGAUCACAUAGACUUUCCACUUCAGGUUCUCCUCAGCCUGGUAGCUCAGCUGCCCCAACUCCGAAGACCUCACCUCCACUAGUUGCGGAACAGGACACCUCCGCCAUACCUUCUGCAGAAUUGUUGCCACCACCUGCAGUGUCCGGUCCCAGCGAAGUCCCAUCUGUUACGUCUGCAGUCCCACCUACACCCAUGCCUACUCCUGGACAAGAUCAACAGACACUACCACCGCCGGCACCCAAACAUACGUGGAAGCUGAAAGGUAUGGUAUCUGUAAUUCGACAUGCUGAUCGCACACCCAAGCAGAAAUACAAAUAUACGUUUCACACCAAACCUUUUAUCGAUCUUCUUAAAGGUCACCAAGAAGAAGUCCUCUUAAUAGGCGAAGCUGCGUUGGAUAGCGUUAUGCUUGCUGUUGAUGCUGCAGCGUAUGAGGGCAUCGAGGAUAAAGAAAAGCUGAAAUCACUAAGGAAUGUUCUAGCAAAGAAAGGUGGAUGGACAGGUACAAAAGUACAAAUCAAGCCCAUGUUUCGAAAAAGAAAGCCGGAAGAAUCCCCAAAUUCUGAGAUACCACCUCCUGCACCAGAAGACCUUGCUGCAAUUGAUCCUAGUCUUGAACACUCUGACAAAGCAAAGACUGCUGCGAAACUUGAGAGAAGAUCGCCCAGUCGAAAUGACUCGUUAUCUGGCGUUACUUUAUCUCGCAUAACCGCAGCGGAGGAGAGCCUUGUAUUGGACAAGCUCCAACUCAUUGUCAAAUGGGGUGGUGAGCCAACUCACUCUGCUAGAUAUCAAGCACAAGAGCUUGGCGAAACAAUGCGAAACGACCUUCAAUUGAUGAACAAGGACAUUCUUGAUGAAGUUCAUGUAUUCAGCAGCUCCGAGAGACGUGUAACGGCCAGUGCUCAAAUAUGGGCAUCUGCUUUCACAAACCAAAAGGAUUUGGCAUCUGAUUUCAUUACUGUUCGCAAAGAUUUACUUGAUGACUCCAACGCAGCUAAAGACGAGAUGGAUAAAGUCAAGAAGAAGCUCAAGACUCUGUUGAGACAAGGAAUGGAAGCACCUCCCGAGUUUGCCUGGCCAGCGGAUAUGCCAGAACCAUCGAUCGUGCAGAAAUACGUUGUUCACUUGAUGAAAUUUCAUAGGAGAGUUAUGCGUAACAAUUUCAGCAAACUUUAUGGAGGCGCCACUACAUCACUCAAUGCAAUUGUAAAUCCUGGAGAUAAGGAGAGCAAAGGAGCAGGUUCGGCUUUGUCACAAGCAAACGCUACGAGCAGUAUUCAAGCUCGUUGGUGCUGUGGUGAGGAUGCCGAGCUAUUCAAGGAACGAUGGGAGAAGCUUUUCAAUGAAUUUUCCGACCCCGAGAAAGUAGAUCCAAGCAAAAUCUCUGAGCUAUACGAUACCAUGAAGUUUGAUGCCCUUCACAAUCGUCAAUUCCUUGAAUGGGUCUUCACUCCGAGCAAGAGCAUUCUCGAGGAAGAAGAAAUAGAGCUUGCUUGGGAAAAGGACCGAUCCAAAAACUCGGAAAAUGCUAAGGAUGAGACUGUACCAGCGGAGAAGGCUGAAAGCAGUAGAACACUUCACCGACGCAUGUUCAGAAGAAAGUCGGUAUUGAAUGGAAAAAAUAGUGAAGAAGAAUCGUAUUUCCGACUUUUCACUGGCAGUAGCCAAACGAAAGCUAAGACCGAUGUUCGCCUGGAGAAACUGCGAGAAUUGUAUAAACUAUCUAAAAUCUUGUUCGAUUUCAUCUGUCCGCAAGAAUAUGGUAUCGCGGAUAGCGAGAAACUUGAGAUUGGUCUUUUGACAUCGCUUCCCUUGCUGAAGGAAAUCGUCCAGGAUCUCGAAGAAAUGCAAGCCUCGGAUGACGCCAAAGCAUUCGUAUAUUUCACCAAAGAGUCUCACAUUUAUACACUUCUUAACUGUAUUCUUGAAGGAGGUAUUGAAACAAAGAUCAAACGAAGUGCCAUCCCCGAGCUCGACUACCUCUCACAGAUAUGCUUUGAGCUUUACGAAUCUGAGAACAAGACUCCUGUCGAUGCACAAGAUGUAGCCAAAUAUGCGUAUAGCAUACGUAUCACAAUCAGUCCAGGUGCUCACACGUUUGAUCCGUUGGAUGUACAGCUUGACAGCAAACAUAGUAUUAGUUGUGCUCCGAGAAGAAGUUUAACAGCUCACGCCGAUUGGAAAUAUGUCAUUGAUACAUUGAGGGCAAAGUUUCAUCAAGUCAAACUUCCCAAGAGUUUUCUCGCGGUCAAUCUUGCGGAAUCACAUACUUUCCACAAGAAAGAACUAGAAAAUGCGGAGGGCGAUUCUACUAUUGCAGAAGCAUUAAGUAGUGAAACUCAAGCCGGUGAUGGGAAUGGAGAAAAAAACGAUUUGAAAGAACAAGUCGCAGAAUCAACCAAUGAAGCAACUGCCGGUUCGGCUUUAGUUGCAGCGCCAUCUGGAGAUAAUUCAGAUGUGAAAAGCCACAGCGAACCCGUCUGA